GAUGAAGCUGAGUCCUUAAGGACAGGAUGGAUCCCAGAGCCCAGCUUUUAGGGUUGGCCAUGAGGAAAAGGAGGACCACCCUGCCUCGUCCUGGAGGGAAGGAGAACCUGAAAGCAGAUCCAGAAGAGCUUUUUACCAAACUGGAGAAAAUUGGAAAGGGCUCUUUCGGUGAAGUGUUCAAAGGCAUUGACAAUCGGACUCAGAAAGUGGUGGCCAUAAAAAUCAUUGAUCUGGAAGAAGCUGAGGAUGAGAUAGAGGACAUUCAACAGGAAAUCACAGUGCUGAGUCAGUGUGACAGUCCAUACGUAACCAAAUAUUAUGGAUCCUAUCUGAAGGACACCAAAUUGUGGAUAAUAAUGGAGUAUCUCGGGGGAGGCUCUGCACUAGAUCUGUUAGAACCUGGCCCUUUAGAUGAAACUCAGAUCGCUACUAUAUUAAGAGAAAUUCUGAAAGGACUUGAUUAUCUACAUUCAGAGAAGAAAAUCCACAGAGAUAUUAAAGCUGCCAACGUCCUGCUUUCUGAACACGGAGAGGUCAAGUUGGCCGACUUUGGCGUGGCAGGCCAGCUGACAGACACCCAGAUCAAGAGGAACACCUUCGUGGGCACCCCUUUCUGGAUGGCGCCUGAGGUCAUUAAGCAGUCAGCCUAUGACUCCAAGGCAGACAUCUGGUCCCUGGGCAUAACAGCUAUAGAACUCGCAAAAGGGGAGCCACCGCAUUCCGAGCUGCACCCCAUGAAAGUUUUGUUCCUCAUUCCAAAGAACAACCCCCCGACGCUGGAAGGCAACUACAGCAAGCCCCUCAAGGAGUUCGUGGAGGCCUGUUUGAAUAAAGAGCCGAGCUUCAGACCCACUGCCAAGGAGUUACUGAAGCACAAGUUCAUAAUACGCAACGCAAAGAAGACGUCCUACCUGACCGAGCUCAUCGACAGGUACAAGCGGUGGAAGGCUGAGCAGAGCCACGACGACUCCAGCUCCGAGGAUUCCGAUGCGGAGACAGAUGGCCAGGCAUCCGGAGGCAGUGACUCCGGGGACUGGAUCUUCACAAUUCGAGAAAAAGACCCCAAGAAUCUCGAGAACGGAGCUCUUCAGCCAUCAAAUUUAGAAAGAAAUAAGAUGAAAGACAUCCCAAAGAGGCCUUUCUCUCAGUGUUUAUCUACUAUUAUCUCUCCGCUAUUUGCAGAGCUGAAGGAGAAGAGCCAGGCGUGUGGCGGCAACAUGGGGCCCAUAGAGGAGCUGCGGGGGGCCAUCUACCUGGCGGAGGAGGCGUGCCCCGGCAUCUCGGACACCAUGGUGGCCCAGCUGGUGCAGCGACUCCAGAGAUACUCUCUGAGUGGUGGAGGAACUUCAUCCCACUGAAACCCCUUUGGCAUUUGGGGUUUUGUUUCUCCCUUUUCUUCUCCAUCCUCCUUCUUUCUAAAAGUCAACGAGAGCCUCUGCUGUCUCCGCUGAGGAGGCGCCAUCGAGGGGCCGUCUUCCCGCUCCAGGGACGUCGGUGCAGGGACACACACGGCCCUCGCUGUGCCGCAGCCAGAUGAAGUCUCAGAUGGGGGGGAGGGUCGGCUCCUUCAGGCUAUCGUUUUAUUUUUAUUAUUCUUGUUUUUAAUUUUAACCAUAGUGCACAUAUUCAAGGAAAGUGUCUUUAAAAACAAAAACAAACCCUGAAAUGUAUAUUUGGGAUUACGAUAAGGCAACUAAAGACGUGAAAACCUCAGGUAUCCUGCUUUAAGUUGAUAACUCCCCCGGGAGCCGGUGACUCGCUCUGGUGGAUUGGUGUACAGACUUGUAAAUAGUGUCAUUUUUACGGAAACCCUCUCGGCGUGCGUAAGGAAUCACUGUGUACAAAUUGGCCAAGUGCUUCUGUAGAUAAUGUCAGUGGAGUAAAUAUUCGACAGGCCAUAACUUGAGUCUAUUGCCUUGCCUUUAUUACGUGGAAACUGAAUUACGUGACCAGUGAUUUGGGUUUUCUUUUGUAUUUGCAGGGUUUGCCAUUAAUAAUAAUCAGCACCCCUCUGACGGAACACUCCUGUUUGUACCUCAGCAAAUACACAUUUUCCUCAUUUGCCCCCUGGCCCUUUUGGUACACUUAGAAGUUGAUUUCCCUUUUCAUUGAUGGUACUAUUUCUUAAUGUUUUAAAUCGGAACAUAUCUUGCCUCAUGAAGCUUUAAAUUAUCCUCUUAGGUUUCUCCCGGCCAAAGCGCCCCCAUCUCACCUUUGGAGUCGUGCCACUGCCGACCUGCCCACUCGUGCCGUCCUUGCCCACACGAUUUUCUGUUGCACCUUGUGGUAGAAUCUGCGUAUCAUCUUUCCCACCCAAAAGUGUCUGAAUGCUUCCACGAAUAAAUUUUAUAACACACGUAUUUGGCAUACUCUCCUUGCAGCGUGACUGCAGAAAGCAGAGCACCUGUGGUGUACGCGUGAGCGCGAAGGGGCGCGGGGAGCGGGGCUGCAGAUUGCCAAUUUGUCAAAUCGCUUUACCUCUUGCUGGGAGCCAUGAGGGUUGUCGUCUUAGAGGAGCCUGCAUCCACUGGCGCUGCCAGCCGCGGUGCCCGUUUUCUUCUUGGUUUGACAAGGGGGGGGGAUAAUCUCUGGGUUUUUUAUUCGUUGAUGUUCAUUAUUGUCACGUCUUCCCCAAGUACCAGUUCUCAAGGAGGAAGAUGGAUUCCUGGGAGCAAGGGAGUGACUGGGGGGGCCUCUGGGAUGUGAGUUCAGCUGUUGGUCAGCCGCAAAUUACAGGGAGGACAGAGGCCUGAGCGUGAGACGUUCGAAUGGGUCGUUAUUGUUUAGAUUUGUUAAUAGAAUCUAGUUUUCAAAUCCUUAAAUCAUAUUUUAGUAGACGUGGAUAUGGGUUGAACUGUUCAUUUCUAGAAGAGACAUUUUGGUCAGGGAACUAGAACUGAAUUGCUAAUUCUGAUUGUACGCUUACUCUGCAGCAGGGAUGUUACCUUGAAAAAUAAAAUUUGAGAACAUUUCA